AUGGCUACACAACGCGCCCCCUUUAUUGUUCCGGCGCUGAAGAAGCACACCGCGACGGUGAUCAUGGCCCACGGUUUGGGCGACAGUGGUGCUGGAUGGAUGGCUCUCGCCCAGAACUGGCGCCGCCGCGGCAUGUUCGAUGAAGUCGCCUUCAUCUUCCCGAAUGCCCCUAUGAUCCCUAUCACAGUGAACUUUGGAAUGUCCAUGCCGGGAUGGUACGACAUCUCCAAGCUGGGUCGUGACUUGGAUUUCGAAGAAGCCAUCCGCCACCAGGACGAACCGGGCGUCCUCCGUUCCCGUGAAUAUUUCAACUCCCUCAUCAAGGAGCAGAUCGACAAGGGUAUCAAGCCCUCCCGCAUUGUCCUCGGAGGCUUCUCGCAAGGUGGAGCGAUGUCCUUGUUUGCGGGUCUCACGAGCACGGAGAAGCUGGGUGGUGUCUUCGGUCUUUCCUGCUAUUUGUUGCUGCAUGACCGGAUCAAGAACUUCAUCCCCAAAAACUGGCCGAACAAGCAGACGCCCUUCUUCAUCGCACAUGGCGAGGAGGACGAGGUGGUCAAGUUUGAUUUCGGUAAGCAGUCGGCCAAGAUGGUUCAGGAGUUGGGUGUCCAGGAUGUCGAGUUCCAUUCUUACUCGUGA